AUGGCAUCCUACGUGUACUUCAAGUUCAAGUCACAGAAAGAGCCACAGCGUGUGACUAUUGAUGGCCCUCAUACCGAUGUUUGGAAUCUCAAACGUGAAAUCAUCAACAUCUCUCGCCUGGGCGACGGUACCGACUUUGAUCUCAAGAUCUACAAAGAGAAUAGCAAUGAAGAAUACACAGAUGACACCGAAAUUAUCCCCAAAGACUCGACCGUCCUCGCUCGAAGAUUACCUGCUGCUGCCCCUGGUAAAGGUCGUGCCGCUCGCUAUGUCUCUGGAAAGCCCCCAGUCAGCGCCAAACCCACCACGAGUGCACCGGCCAAGGCCGCGAAAACGGUGGAUCUAGAUAAAUUCAUGACUGAAGAAGAGAGACUAAAAGCGAUGCUGCAAUUUACUGACGCACAGUGGCAACAAAAGCAAGAGGAGAUGUCACACGAGACCAGAGCGGCAAUGCCCGGAAAGCCAUUUGCGAAGAAAGCCAACGUCCCGGAAGGUGAGCCACCGCACGGCUACAUCUGCUACCGCUGUGGCAAGAAAGGUCACUGGAUUCAAGCUUGUCCCACCAAUGACGAUGUAAACUAUGAUAACAAGAACCGAAUCAAGCGCACAACUGGCAUCCCACGGUCAAUGCUGAAGAAGAUCGAUCAAUCGGAUAUCGAUAAACUGGAUGACGCUGACCGACAAAAGCUCAUGGUGAAUGCAGAAGGGGAAUAUGUCUUUGCACAGGCAGACGAAAAGGCGUGGAAAAAACAUCUGGAACAGGUCAAGGCUGCAGAAGCGGCUAAAGAGCAAGUCCAGGUUGGUGACAAGGAGCUGCAAGAUCGAGGCCUGCUGUGCUCGAUCGACAAGCGCUUGUUUGUAGAUCCAAUGAAGACACCUUGUUGCGGGAAGACAUAUUGUCAUGACUGUAUUGAAAAUGCCCUGCUUGAGAAUGAUCUUACCUGUCCCGGGUGCGAGACUGAGAACAUCAGCCUUGAACGCCUGGAACCGGAUGAAGAUAUGAAGGCAAAGAUCAAAGAAUAUGAAGCACAGAAGCAAAAUGAAAAACAACGGUCUAGAAGUCCUACUGCUGCAGCAGAGUCACCCAAGGCAAAUGGCUCCGUUGACGGGUCCAAACCAACUUCACAAGCCGGUGGCUCGCCUGUCUCGUCGACUGCGAAGUCCAAGAAACGGAGUGCGAGUGAAGUGGACGAUUCCAAUGUGUCGGGUAACCUCGAUGUACCAACGAUGAAACGCCAGAAGUCUGGAGACGCCGUAGCAUCAGAGAACCCCCAAUCUGAAGCUGUCCAAAAGGCAGAUGAGGAUCAGGUGGAUUCGACUGCGGAUAAGAACCAGUUUCUUGAAAACAUGAUGCCCCCGGAUUUCUCGCAAAUGCAGAAUGGCAUGAACUUUCCCAUGAUGUCUGGGUUUAACCCCUUUAUGAUGAACCCCAUGAACAUGAACAUGAACAUGGGCAUGGGCAUGGGAAUGGGCAUGAACGGGAUGAAUGGAAUGAAUGGCAUGGGCUUCGUGAAUCCAAACUUCAACAUGAUGAAUGGCAUGAACGGCAUGAACAUGUUCCAACCCGGCAGCAACGGUAUGGGUGGUUUCGGCGGCAAUCAGCCAAUGCAGAACAACAACUGGAAUCAAAACCAGAACCAGGGCUAUGGACAGGGACAGGGCUGGAAGAACAACAGAGGCGGUUUCAAACAGCGAGGCGGUUUUCACAACAACAUGCAGAAACAGCCACCAACACAACCUACCGGCAUGGCUGGUGUGCCCACGGGUCCGAAAUCGAUGAAUCAAGGAAACAACUUCUACCCACCAGCAGGACCGGCGGGAGGGAAGUUUUCAAAUCAGCAGCGUCAUGUUGGAAACGAGGAGGACAAUGCGUACAUGCGGCAACCGGUGAAUCCGCAACGAUUUCAAAACAGACAGAAACGAGCGAGGCAGGCCGACUAUAGGGAGCUGUGA